AUGCCAGACACCGAGGAACCCCCCAUCUUCACCAAAUACCCUUCCCUCCGCAAGAUGGCGGGCCUGGAGGAGUCGGAGAUCGUUGAGUCUCAUGACGGGCGCGAGAUCACCCUUCUCAAGCACAUCUACGCCCAUCCCGAGCUGGACACCAAACUGCGGGGUUCUCCGGCCGCCAUUCUGGAGGUGAUGGACGAGUUCGCCGCCCAGGAGGACUUUCUAAUCAACAUUGGUCCGGAUAAAGCGGGCAAGCUGGCCGUCUUGGUGCGCGAGCACCGGCCCAGGGUGGUGGUGGAGUUGGGGGGAUAUGUUGGGUAUUCUGCCAUCCUGUUUGGAAGUAUCUUGAAGGAGAUUUGGACGCAGGACCACCCAGACAAUGCGGAUCUUGAGACGGGCGAGGAGGAGAACCGUAAGGCUCAGCCCCGGCUCUUCAGCAUUGAGAUCGACCCCCUGGUCGCCUCCGUCGCCUUGAAUCUCGUCAGCCUCGCCGGCCUGCAGGAUCUCGUGGAGGUCGUCGUCGGCGCCUCCGCCCACAACCUGCGUCGGUUGCAUGAGCAAGGAACCCUCGGCGACCAGGGGGUUGACCUGCUGUUCAUGGACCACGAUGAGGCGCUGUACGCGGCAGAUGUCCAGGUGGCCGAGGAAUUGGGGCUUCUGAAGACAGACGGUGCCCUGGUCAUUGCCGACAAUGUGCUGCGACCCGGGGCGCCGGCCUAUCGCGAUUAUAUGCGCCAGAACCCGCGCCUCCGCCGGAGUUGGGGCUUGCCGGGAUUGAUUGUGCCCGGGGAUCUCGCGGACGAGAUGGAGAUCAGCGUCGUGGGUCGAAAGAUGCCGAAGGAGAAGAAAGCGAGCCGGGCAGUGGAGAAGGUCGAGGAGGAGAACGGGGUGGACGAGCAGAAGCAGCCUGACCGCAAGAGGAAGAAGGUUGCUAACUAA